AUGGAGUUCAAGCCAACUGUGGACUUUCUGAAGAUCCUGUCAUCUCCGAAUACCAGCCUCCAGUACUACCUGCAGACCAUUAUCGGGGAGGUGAUGCGUGUUCUAAAUGCCGACCGCUGCUCCAUCUUCUUCGUGGACGACAUGCGAAAGGAAGUCUGGUGCGUCGGCUCGCUAGACAUGGAGCCCUUCUGCCAGCCCUGGGACAAAGGUAUCGUGGGAAUGGUGGCCACCGAGGGAAAGAUGGUGAACCUAGCAGAUGCACAUGACCACCCUGCCUUCGACGGCGAGAUCGAAAAGAAGACGGGCUACACAGUGAAAGGUAUCCUGUCCUUGCCCGUGAAGAGCGUGUUGAACCUGGACAAAGCCAUCGGUGUCAUCCAGGUUCUCAACAAGCGGAGCGCAGCCAAGGGAGAGUUCUCCGAGCAGGAUGAGGUGGAGCUGCAAAAGCUUGCGAUGGUCAUCGGCGAUUCUUUUUAUCGCCAGCGAUACAAAGCACUCGAGGAGGUCACUGGCAAUGCUGACUCAGAAGUGCAAGCCGUACUCGACCAACAUCGAGAAAGGAUGUACUUGGGUCGCCAGCAAUCUCCGGCCAUGAGCACUCCGCCCGAAAUUUUGCGGUCGCUGAGCCGCCAGCCUUUCCUCCGUGAGCAUUCCCCUUUGCAAGUGGAAGAUCUGGCCUCGCUCAACUUUCAUGUGCUCGCGCAGGAGGAGGGCUUCCUGCAGGAAUUGGUCCCAGAUAUCUUCAGACACGCUGGCUGCAUUGAGAAUUGCAGCAUUCCGGAGAAGCAGCUGAUGGCUUAUCCGGAGGAAGUCUUCAAGGGCUACAGAAAGAAUCCGUUCCACAACGCAUACCACGGAUUUGCAGUUUAUCAGAUGUGCUUCCACCAGUUCAGUACCAUCGACACUUUCAGCCUCAUCACAGCUACGCAGGGCUUCGGGCUAUUGGUGGCAGCAUUGUGCCACGAUAUCGACCACCCAGGCGUCACCAACAGCUUCCUGAUGAGGCUGCAAGAUGACCUUGCCCUGCGCUACAAUGACAGCUCGGUGCUGGAGAACCACCAUGCGUCUGUGGCAUGCACUCUGCUUCGGAACGAAAAGACGGCAAUAGGCAGCGGCUUGGCCAAGGAAGAGCAGGUGAUUUUCCGCAAAACCAUCAUCAAGUGCAUCUUAGCCACCGACAUGGCACACCAUCAAGGUAUCUGCCAGCGUCUCAUAGGCUGCGGCAGCGCUGAGGACUUCAAGGCUACAGCCGAGGAAGAUCCUCAGCUUCUAAUGAACGUUUGCGUCCACGCAUCAGACCUGUCCGCCCAGGCACUGACGUGGGAGGUGGCCAAGAAGUGGGAAGAAAGGAUUUGCCAGGAGUUUUUGGCGCAGGCGGCCAAGGAGGUGGAGAUGGGCUUCACCCCUGAACCAUUCAUGCAGUUCAAGAUGGAGGACUUGAAGCAAAGGGGCAAGCUGCAGCGGGACUUUGUGGACUUUGUUUUGCGGCCGCUGUGGGAGCCUCUCGCACAGCUCGAGCCCAGCUUGGACCCAUGCCUGUCAAAUCUGAUCAAGAAUCGAACCCUCUAUGAAGUGCGGAGAAUUUAUGGCUCUGACCAGAUGGAUGAAAUGGCGGAUUCCGAUUUGGACUUGCUCCUCCCUGGCAUGCCUCGCGGUGAUGCGCCCCCGCAGCUGACUCCGCGGACGGUGGCCAGAAUCGUGGAGGGGCGGCAGGGUGACCCCGGUGCACCGAAGGGUGCCGCACCACUUUUUUCGACGCCCCUCUGGGAGUCUAAGAGUGUGGAAGUGUCCCCACCGAACAGACCAAAGGAGCAGUCUGGGCAGAAAGAAUCGCCGCAUGCAGCAAGUCCUCCACUGGCAGCGCCAGCUGAAGCUGCACACAGCCAGGAGGCUUCGCUCGCUGUUCCAGCCAAUCCGUUCGACCUGUCCCCGGCUGAGUUGAAGCGCGCCACCACGCCACCAGCGAACACCUCGUGCUUGCCUUGGAAUGGGAAUGCUGUUCAGCGAGGAGCUACUCCAGAUUUAGAAGCCAACGACAUGGACAACUGCUUCAUAACUGAACGCUUCGGCUGCCUGAGGAGUCCUGCCCGGGUCGAGGAAACAUUCGAGCAGGCUGUGAGCAACGAGCAGGAGAAAGACAAGUAUGGUCAUGGUCGUACGACGGCUGCAGCUUCCGUAGGCACCUUUGAGAGCAAGCUAAUCCACGACAUGAUGGCCUCAGGGAGCGUCUCUUCCGGCGACAGGCGAGAGGAGGCUGGCUGCGUGGGCUGGUCUUCAAGCAUGGCCUACAGGGACCCGCGAUGCCAGACGUCUCGAGAGAUCACAUGCGAGGCCAGACUCAACCAGUGCCUCCCGCUUGUAGACCAUCGCCUCAAUUCUGCAGCUGCAGGUUGGCCAGUGCGGGCACCGGAGCCCCCGGUACCUCCGUCACUGCCCCUCUUGCAGCGAACGGCGCACUCCCAAACUGUGCGCUUCAAAUUGGUGCCGCGACCGCAGCGUUUGGAGGCAAUCUUGCUGAUGAGUAUGAUGGCUUUGGAUGCCUUCCAAGCCACACUUGGAAUCUCCCCUGCGCCGCUGGGCACUACACCGGCACCCCUAGGCUCAGUGGCGGUCUCCAUUCAGAGUGGUCUGCGCCUGGCCCGUGAAUCCUGCGCGGAGCUGGUUGGCUACACGCUCUCGAAUUAUAUUGGUCUUGAUACGCGAGAGGACUGUCACACAGCUGAAUGGCACUUCGUAAUGCGAUGGCGAGGGCGCACCGCGGUUUGCGCCACAAGGCCGGAAGGCGCCUUCCGGUUUGGAUUCAGCACUUUGAAGCAGAUGAUGCGUUCUGAAGGAGCAAAGUUCUCCACUGAUGCGACUUCAAGCGAUUUUCUCCUGGAGGAUUGGCCGCACCAUUGCUGGCGAGGCUUGCACCUCGACACGGUGCGGCACUGGAUGCCCGUGCCUUUUGUAAAGCAGUACAUCAAGGCAAUGGCAGCCUACAAGGCGAAUUUUUUCCACUGGCAUCUCACAGAUGACCAGGCAUGGAGACUGUAUCUGCCGAGCCGACCAAAGCUCGUCGAAGCUCAGCGGAUGACGUCUCCAGAGUUUUACAGCCAGGAUGAUGUGAAGGAGGUGCUGGAGUUUGCCAAGCGCCAUUUCGUCACGGUUGUUCCUGGCAUCGAAAUGCCGGGACACGUGAUCGCGGCGCUCUCGAUCUAUCCUGAGCCAGGGGCUCAGCUUCCAACUCGAAACAACGACGUGCCAGCAAGGCUUAGCAGUUGGAAGCUUGUGCAUGGGCUCGCCUGCAGCGAAGGCCCUUUCAAGGUGCCAGCAACGCGGCAGGGCAUCUACAAGGCCGGGACUAAGUCGAUCGGUGGUGGAGAUGCAAGGUAUUGCAAUCAGUGGGUAGAGGCGUCCACCUUUGAGUUCGCCCUGGACGUUUUCACAGACGUUGCAGCCAUGUUUCCUAGCAGGUAUAUCCAUGUUGGCGGCGACGAGUCUGAGUUCGACUCGUGGCAAGAAAGCGAGCAUGUCAGGGCAUUUGCCGGCCUCGCAGGGCUUCGCAAUCUUGGACCUGACAUCUUGGAGGCAUGGUUCUGUGCUGUCGGGAGGAUUCUCAAGGAGCUCGGCAAGCAGCCCAUCAUGUGGGACGACCACUUCGAGUCAAGGGCGUGGUGCACAAAGCUUUGCCCUCACGCUGAGGAGGAGUGGAUAGUCCAAAGCUGGAAGCUGCAGCCACCUGUCGGGGAUGGAGCAACCGCCAUCGAUCCUUCCUUCCCAUUUCGGACUAUCUCGUCGCCCGUCAAAGCUGCGUACCUGGACUACCCGCUCGCGUCUACGGAUUUUAAUCGGACAUUGGAUCUACUGCCAUCUUCCGGCCCACUGAUCUUGGGAGGAUGCGCUACCAUGUGGACUGAAGACAGCGAGAGCGCAGCAGUCCCAGGAAAGGUGUACCCCCGCUACCUGGGCAUCGCAGAGCGUCUUUGGGGAGGCAUCGUCAAUGUUCGGGAGGCAAGAUCCUUGGAUGAAGACCUGUGGACAACUGCCAAAGCACAUUGCUCAGAUGGGCUUCUCUCCGCAGAUUUGGGCUUCACAUGCGGACACUUUGCUCCACCGGAAAGCUCCCGGAGCUUGGUGUUCAAGAACGCGGUGAUCUCAUCAAGCUUAGAUUCUUUCUCAGCAGCAUUUGCUCCAGACCGGGCCAUUGACACCAGUGACGAGAGCUACCUCUGGGCGAUCGCACCGAAGGCGGGCGACUACUUGGACGUGACCUUCUACUCACAGACCAACACCAGCUUGGUCGCCAAAUGGCUCAGCCACCUCAGCGUAAAGACUGGCUCAAAGGACCGCCCAGGUGAUCAACUCCUUCAUGGCCUGGUGAAAGUGCUGCAGUGGUUGCAGGACCCAGCUACUGGAGGUCGCUUGCGCACCUGGAUUGCUCUUUGCAGCUUUGAGUCUGGUGUUUGUGAAGCUCCGGAAAGUGAGUUGGCAAAUGGCCCCAUCUCCUCGAUCCGGAUUGUGGUAACAUCGUCUCAGGAGAAGUGGAUGGCGGUUCCAGGCAUUGACGCUACGGAGACCACCGGAACAGACUUGUGGCAACCCAGCACGGAGGAGGUGAACCGUGGCUUUGCGGCUGCAACGAAGAAAAGCAAGCUACUCCAUCAAGGGCGGCGGCCAACAGGCACUCUGGACCGGCGUGCGACCACUUCCCCGGCAAACCGGAAGAAGCGCAAGCCACGUGCCUCGCGAGGCCAGCGGAACAAUUCCACAAAGCCCUUCAGCGAGGAGGCCCCUCUACGAAGAGUGACGCGUAAUUUGUCCAGCGCCCUGAACGAUCUGCGCAAGAAGGAAUAUGUUGAGAAUGUUGUCAGUGUCUCAUUUCAACUUCAUAGAAACAAGAAGUGCCGUGUGGCAGGUGGACCAAUCGGUGCCUGGGCAGAAGAGCUAGAAGCUGUAAAGGAGGUGCGCCUCGAGGAGCUGAUUGGUACCGGAAGCACAGCAGAGGUGUUCAGGGCCACAUGGCAUGGAACUGACGUGGCCGCGAAGAAGCUGCGCUCAAAAGGACAGCUGUCAACCGAAUUCAAGCGCGAGAUCUCAGUGCUACUCCGCUUGCGACACCCGAAUUUGGUGCUCUUCAUGGGCGCGUGUACAAAGGCUCCUCAAGCAUUGAUCAUCUCAGAGUUCUGCUCUGGCGGGACCGUCUUCGCCUUGCUUCAUCAGCGACGGGAAUUGUCGCUCCCCUGGCCCCAGCGACUCCCAAUCGCCCUGGAUGUUGCAAAGGGGAUGAACUUUUUGCAUCGGCGGCAGGUGGUCCACCGGGACCUGAAGUCUUUGAAUCUGCUUCUGGCCUGCCCGAUACGCGGUGCCAGUGAUGUACCUGCAGUGAAGGUCUCGGACUUCGGGCUAUCACGUGCGUUCCGCCCAGAUGCCACGCAGGUCAUGAUGACCAAUGGUGCUGGAACCUACCAUUGGAUGGCACCUGAGGUGCUAUCUGGCCAGGGUUACGACGAAAAGGUAGAUGUCUACUCCUAUGGCAUUUGCCUCUUCGAGCUCAUUACCCGUCGCAUCCCAUACGAGAAUUCGGGCCUGGAGCCGGUUUCCAUCGCCGUGGCUGUGAGCCGAGGCAAGCGGCCCGACCUGGCACUCAUCCCCGAGGACACGCCUGCAGACCUUCGCCUCACGAUGAAAUGCUGCUGGGCACACCGUUCCAGCGGGCGUCCAGGGUUCGACACCAUCUUGGACCGCGUCUCAGCAAUAGGGAGGUCAGGCUAA